AUGUCGGAGCUUUUAGCGCCGGCGGUCAACUACACCGAGAACGGAUUCCCUAUGGAUCACGUGAAGCAGGACAUCUGGCGGGCCAUGCACAACCGUUUCAAACGUAUACCCGGUGGCCGGCAUUUCCUGAACGAGGACAACAAUGUGCCCCCACUUGGUCAGAUAUUGGUGAACAAGCCACUGGCCGCGCUUUUGAAGAGACUCGGCCAUGAGGGACCGCAGGUGAUAUAUAAGGAAUGUGUGGCUGAAGGCAUUGUCGAAGCCGUGCAUCGGGCGGGUGGCGUCUUGUCCACCGAAGACCUCUCCGAUCACCUGGAGUCUACUGAGCCCAUUGAGACAGAGCCCGCGUCCACCACGUACAGGGAAGUUUCAGUGCAUACGACGACGCUUCCCACACAGGGUGCAGUGCUUCUAGAGGCCCUUAACAUACUGAAAAACUUCGAUCUGAAAGAUGUGAAGCACAUUCCCGGUCAAUUUGAGCACGUUGUGAUUGAGGCACUUCGCCACUCCAUCGCCGAUGGGUUACGAUACGUGGGGGACCCUUGCACUGGUGGCUCGCUCAAUGAGAUGCUCUCGCAUCAGCGUGCACGUAACAGUGCGACGAUGGUGGAUUUUGACAGACCUGCUGGCAGCAGACCCUCCUGGAGUACCUGUGGCGGUGGCCAGCGACUCAAGAGCAGCUCUCCAGGCCUUGUGUCUCCCGGAGAGGGCUGUCCUUAG